AUGAGCUUAUACCUCCCAUUCGGUAUCGCUAUGUUCCAAACCGCCAACAGCCAGUUCUUGCAUGUCGCCAGCCGACAGAAGCAAUUCGCACACCUCAGCCUGAUGAGCGACCAAGCGCCCCUGAAAGAAGAGGAAGCCGAGCAAUUAGCGAACAGCCGCUGGCGCAGGAUAUUACGUGGUGUCGAGCGGGCUGACAAGAUCGAACGCCAGAUGGUGUACAUUGGGCUUGGACUUGCCGUGGAGCUCAUUCUCACGCUCUUCGUCUUCUUUGGUUCAAAGAAAUUCCACCCGAGCUAUGGACUUUGGGACUGGGACACGAGGCCAUCAGCUCCUGAGUUGGUCGGCAUGGAAUGCAGCAAAGGAUGGGAGUGGUGGUUAUCUAUCGUGUGGCAGUUCUUCUGGGCUUGGGUCAGUAAUAGCAACGGCAUGCGCUGCGAGGACUCUAGCUGA